AUGGCCACCACUAUGGAAAUUACCGGGGAUAGCCUGGCUGAGGAGCUUGCAAGUACUAGCUUGGAGGACCGGAGUAGGUAUCCUGAGCAACUGCUUUUUGAACCUCCCUCAGGCAGCACAGUCUCUCGAUCGUUGGAUGAUAUCCCUCGCUACCUUUUCCGGGUGGUCUCUCCUCAGUCAGCUGGAGAGAUGAAUGAUACAUGGGCUCAUUCGGAAUCUGUUCGCCAACAGAAUGUCUCUUCUACAAAAGAUAUUUUCUCGUUCAAAGAUCGCCAAAACCAGAAAACCAAAGCCAAGGAGCUCAACGUGCACCUUCGAUGGUUUAACCAUAGGAUUCAAGUCGAAGACAACCUUGUAUCGUGGACGAGCUCAUUGAUAUUCGCAAUCCAAUACGUCUACUACCGAUAUCAUCACGAUAUACCCAGCCCAAGUCUCGAGGACAUAAAGUUGUAUGUCAUCGACACGAGACUCUUCCAGAGGGGGACAUUCAUGCAAGACUUGGAUCUGAUCAAGGCUUUCCAAGACUUCAACUAUGCAGAUGAGCCAGGAUGCUACGGGGAUCUGAAAAGCCUAUACAACCUCCGCACCAGUUCAAAUUACUAUUUUGGCGAAUAUCUCUCACAAGGCUCCUUGAAAAUCGAGAACAAAUUCCAGGUGAUCUCUGCGAAUCUUCUGUUCGAUGAAAAUCGAUUAUGUCGUCUACAGCCUGCUUUACAUAGUCUCUACGUGCCUCCGCCAGCACGUAGAUACACAAAAUGGGCAUCCGCAGUGGUGCAUUAUCACAAUGACAUCUGGCCCUCUAACCUUCCAGUGCUAUCUUCAAGGGACCUGAGGGAGCGUUUGACGGCCAUGAAGGAGAUAUUAGACAGCAUGGACACAUCCAAUUCACAACAUAGUUGGAAAUUCCCUCUUGGUAUAUACCUUGCAGGACUCAUAGGGUUUAAGCCUGCAGCAGAUAGUCCCACAGGAAACGACGCUAUUUUCUUUGAGGACUUCCGAUCUACAGUUCAGGGCGGAGAUUUAGGUUUGAGAGACUCUUGUCGACAAGGAAACCCCAAUACUAAUGAUCUAUCUAUCAUCCCUGAUGUAGGCCAAGAAGAUUUAGGAUUGAUGUCUUUUGACUUCAAUAUAGUCGCGCCAGACACAAUGCCAGAGCUGCGGCAUGCCCGAACACUUCUUCGUGAAACAAACAAGCAUUUCAAGUUGAAAGAGUUGAAAGAGGCGCUAAACAUUGCCUGCGAGGCUGAAACAAGCAUUCGAGCCCUAUACAACAGGGCCUUGAGGCCGGAACAAAGGGGCUUCACCUCCGUAGAUGAUCACAACGAAUCGUCGAGACAAAUGGGCGAGCAGGUUGAGAAGAAGCUCCGUGACAUACGAGAGUUGUGCGAUGGCCUUGUCUCAGCAAUGGCAAGAAGCGAGGAUUAG